AUGUCUUCAAAAUCUUCUGAACAUCAGAACCCUACGAGCUAUACCAGCAUGGCAGCAACCGUCGGGGACGUGGAAGCUAUUGGGAAACACUGCCAGGCAGCCUUCUGCAACCAGCUCGACUUCCUACCUUUCCGCUGCGAGAGUUGCAAAGGCACCUUCUGUCUCGAACACCGGACGGAAUCUGCUCACAAGUGUGACAAUGCAGGUGCAUGGGCGAAAAGAAGGCGUGAAGCUGAAUCGCGAUCGUCUGGAUACACACCAACACAGAAGCCUACUGUCCUCAACCACGAAAAGCAAUGCGCUACUCCAGUGUGCAAGACACUCAUCGAUACUCCUCUCACCCCUAGCAUCCACUGCCCAAACUGCAAUAGACACUACUGUCUGAAACACAGAAUGCGCGAAGACCACGACUGCUCAAAUCUCAAGCCCCUCGGCGCACGUCCGCCAAACAUGAUGCAGCAACAAAGGGAAAAAGGCCUCGCAGCGCUCGAUAAGUUAAGAUUAUGGGGAGCAAGCAAAAAAGAUUCGAUGGCUUCUACCGCACAGAAGUCUGGGUCCACUAUCGUAUCCAAAGCCUCCUCUGGCUCCGCACGGUCUGCUGCCGCUAGUGUUGCGGCCAUAAACCAGCUCAAGAGGACUGCCGUAGGCGAUGCAAGCAUAGCACAGGACAAACGUAUCUACCUAUACGUCGACGCUACGGCAAACACUGCGGAAAAGAAGACCGGAAAUUUCUUCUACAACAAAGAACGAACUGUUGGACACCUUCUUGACAAGGCGGCAAAGGACCUCAAAAUACCAAAUCUCAACAACAGCGGCAAAGAGGAAGAUAAGCUUAGUGUAUGCCUUGUCAUGCCGAAAGGCACCCGGGUGCUCAAAUUCUCCGAGAAGCUCUGCGAAAGCUGCCAGAACGGUGACACAAUACACCUUAUACGUGGGUUUCCGUCCGCUCCGAACCUGAUAGAAAUGUAG